AUGGUCCAGUCAUCAGUGCUCGGCUUUCCCCGCAUGGGCGCCAAUCGUGAGCUGAAGAAGGCGAACGAGGCAUACUGGGCCGAUAAGCUCUCAAGAGACGAUCUACUGAAGGAGGCCAAGCGACUCCGACUAGAGCACUGGAAGAUCCAGAAAGACGCAGGCGUCGACAUCAUCCCUAGCAAUGACUUUGCUUUCUAUGACCACAUCCUCGACCACAUCCAGAUGUUCAAUGCCAUCCCAGAGCGGUACUCAAAAGCCUCUCUACACCCCAUCGAUGAGUACUUUGCCAUGGGCCGUGGCCACCAGAAGGGUGGCGUCGACGUUCCUAGCUUGGAAAUGGUCAAGUGGUUCGACUCCAACUACCACUAUGUCAAGCCCACCCUGCAGGAUGGACAGACGUUCAAGCUCGCCGCCGACCCCAAGCCUGUCGUCGAGUUCCUCGAGGCCAAGGAGGCUGGCAUCAUCACCCGCCCAGUCCUCAUAGGCCCCGUCUCUUUCCUUGCCCUCGGCAAGGCCGACCGUGGCCAGUCAGUCGACCCUAUUUCCCUUCUCGACAAGCUCGUCCCGGUAUAUGCUGAGCUUCUCGAGAAGCUGAAAGCUGCUGGUGCCGAGACGGUCCAGAUCGAUGAGCCAGUCUUGGUCUACGAUCUUCCUUCCAAGGUCAAGGAUGCCUUCAAGCCUGCAUAUGAGAAGCUCGUCGGUGACAAGCUCCCCAAGCUUGUCCUCGCCACCUACUUUGGCGACAUCGUCCACAACUUCGAUAUCCUACCCAGCCUCCAGGGCGUGUACGGCAUCCACGUUGACCUUGUCAGGAACCCUGAGCAGCUCGAGAGUGUCAUUGGCAAGCUCGGCCCCAACCAGAUUCUUUCCGCCGGUGUCGUUGACGGCCGAAACAUCUGGAAGACCAACUUCAAGCGAGCCAUUGAGGCUGUUGAGACCGCCGUCCAGAAACUCGGCAAAGAUCGUGUCAUCGUUGCCACAUCCAGCUCCCUCCUCCACACUCCUCACUCAUUAGACAGCGAGAAGAAACUUGAUGCCGAAGUCAAGGAGUGGUUCUCCUUCGCCGUCCAGAAGACCUCGGAGGUUGUCGUUAUCGCCAAGGCUGUAACUGACGGCCCUGCCACCGUUCGGGAAGCACUUGAGGCGAAUGCCAAGGCCAUGCAGUCGCGAGCUUCCUCCUCUCGAACCAACAACAAGGCUGUGAAGGACCGCCAGGCUAGCGUCACCGCCGCCAUGCACGAGCGCCAGUCUCAAUUCCCAGAGCGAUAUGCUCAGCAGAAGACCCAUCUCAGUCUCCCAAUGUUCCCUACCACUACCAUUGGUUCCUUCCCUCAGACCAAGGAGAUCCGUAUCCAGCGUAACAAGUUCACCAAGGGUGAGAUUACUGCUGAGCAGUACGAGAAAUUCAUUGAGAAGGAGAUCCAGGACGUCAUCAAGAUCCAGGACGAGCUCAAGCUCGAUGUGUAUGUUCACGGUGAGCCUGAGCGAAACGACAUGGUGCAAUACUUCGGCGAGAGGCUCGAAGGCUAUGUCUUCACCACACACGGCUGGGUCCAGUCAUACGGAUCGCGCUGCGUUCGACCGCCGAUCAUUGUCGGUGACAUUUCCCGUCCUGCCCCCAUGACCGUCAAGGAGUCGAAGUACGCUGCUUCCAUCUCCAGCAAGCCGAUGAAGGGUAUGCUUACCGGACCCAUCACCUGCUUGCGAUGGUCUUUCCCUCGUGACGACGUUCACCAGUCAGUGCAAGCUCAGCAGCUUGCUCUUGCCCUGCGCGACGAGGUCAUUGACCUCGAAGCUGCCGGCAUCUACGUCAUUCAGGUUGACGAACCUGCUCUCCGAGAAGGUCUUCCUCUCCGCGCUGGUAGCGAGCGAGAGAAGUACCUCUCCUGGGCCGUGGACUCAUUCAAGCUAGCCUGCGCCGGUGUAAAAGACUCGACUCAGAUCCACUCCCACUUCUGCUACUCGGAAUUCCAAGACUUCUUCCACGCCAUCGCCGCCCUCGACGCCGACGUCCUGUCGAUCGAGAACAGCAAGUCGGACGCCAAGCUCCUGAAAGUCUUCGAGGACAAGGCAUACCCGCGCCACAUCGGUCCGGGCGUCUACGACAUCCACUCGCCGCGUGUCCCCUCGGAGCAGGAGAUCAAAGACCGCAUCGCCGAGAUGCUGGCCUACCUCAAGCCCGAGCAGCUCUGGGUCAACCCCGACUGUGGGCUGAAGACUAGGCAGUGGAAAGAGACCAAAGCCGCUCUAACUAAUAUGGUUAAUGCUGCUAUUUUCAACCGCGAGAAGUAUGCUUCUUAA